AUGGAGUCAAGACCUCGGUCCGUUUCUCCUGAGACAGGUUCGUCGAGCGAGGAUGAGGCAGACGACUGGAGCAGCCCGAAAAAUAUCGAAGCUGCUAAGGAAUACAAUCCACGGGGAUUAUCAGCCAUAGAAUUUGGCAUGGCACGUUCCAAAUUCUAUUACAAAUAUGGUCUUGUGGCCGGAUACCUUAAGAACUGCUGCGAUACUCAAGAGUUACGCCGGAUAGUCGAUUCGCUCAGUGACCUUUUCAAGCAGUAUGAUGAUAUCAGACAGGCCAGUUGGAAGUCAACCAUUAGCUGUCGUGACCUUUUCAAAUUUCUUAGAACGUGUGAGGGGAGUCCACGGCUGUGUGCUGCAAUUAAUUCAGAGGAGAUACCAUCAAUCGAGGCCUAUACGUCGGAUGAAUUUGAUUGCCUUGUUACCUGCAACAUACUCGUGAAGGUUAUCAACCGUGUCCCUGAACAUUUCGCCGAGGUCUAUGAAUACUCCCCUAUGCAAAAACAAUUUCUACCACUGUUUGAAGAUAUCCAUAGAGCCUAUGCGCUGCUUCGUACAUGGUACAAGCUUAAUGAAAAGCGCACAACAGGCCUAUGGGGUCCUAGAAAACCACAAAAUAAGCCAGCAAUAGCUAUCCACUACUUCGAUGAACUAGACGAUGCGUCGAUAAAUAACGUUAGAGCCAUUGAUACGAUGCUCAGUCGUGCGAGUAUGCCGCUUCUUCCGCUGCAACAGGCUGCGACAAUGCUAAAGGUCGACGUCUAUAAUCCAACUAUCUUCGCUGAUGAGCCUUCUGGGUUAGCUCUACUACGCCCUCAGCUGAUAGGGGUUGCGACGAUGUUACACCAGGAACGAAUUUCGUGGGAUAGACGCUCCAACGGGCAACCGACACGCCAGGCUUGCAUCCUUGCUGAUCAGAAAGGAAUCGGUGAGGGAGUUGAAGUGUACUCGCUUGUUUGGCUAUCAUAUACCCUUGGAAUUCAAUCAGAGGGCGAUGUCACACGCCCAAUAAAGCCAACGUUAAUAUGCAUCGAACCAGACGCGGUUCUGCGCUGGAGAGGCGAUUAUAUCCAAUAUUUUCAAUCCCACCUACGCGUCUUUUUCGUUAGCCCAUUCGUUAAAAAAGGAAAUGAUCCCUUCUCCCCAAUGGUCAGUAUUGGGUUUGAAGAAUUUUAUUUGGCCAUGACAGAUCCUGAAAAGUCUCCCCUAUUUCCUUCUCUCAGCGAUCGUGGGCGAACCGCCUUCAUUAUUACCCACAAGGCGCUGGAGGUAUAUAUAUAUGAAUCAAGGAUCGAACAUGAGAAACUUGAGAAAAGCAACCUCCAUAACGACGAUGGUAUCUUGUCUACCCAGGUCACAGACACUGAUGGGGUCGCGACAGAGGCUGAAGAUGCGGAACUACAGGCUGAGACGGCUAAAUUCGAUACAUUCUUCACCAAGUAUCAUUCCCCUUAUGCGGGAAGUUUUUACCGGAUAGUGGUCGAUGGAGCUCAUGUAUUAAGACUCCCGAAGUCCCGUGUUUCACGCGCUAUAAAACUCCUGGAUCCGGAUUUUACAUGGUUAAUGACUGCAACACCCCUACCAGAUGGGGCGAGAGAUUUUUAUGGCUAUAGCCUUCUUCUCUACAAUAAAGAGUGGGUUCUUGAUCUGCCAAAAGACUUCAUGGACGCAGAUACAAUACGAAAGUUUGAGUAUGCCAAAAGUUACGAAGAGCGACUUGAAUUGUUUAACCCACUAUAUAUUCAUCGCCUAUCCGUUAAUGGCCAGAUUGACGCUUCAGAUGCUGCAAGCCCAAUACCAGUCUUACUUAAGGAAUGUAUGAUUCGGAGAACCUGCGAUUCCGAACCCGACGUAGGGGAAAGAGGCCGAUCCAAGAAACGAUCCAAGAAACAAUCCAAGAGACGACCCAAGAAACAAAAGCGGGAGUACGAUAUGCGUGAAAUAUUGCUCAUCAAAGGAGAAUGA